AUAGAGAGGAGAAACAAAGAUAUACAGAGAGAGUGGUAUAUGUGUGUGUGUGUGUAUAUGUAUAUAUGUAUGUAUGUAUAUAUAUAUGGUAGUAUGUACUCUGUAAGGUCGAGUUUAGCUUCUCACCUUAUUUAGAUCACUUAAAACGUACUGCGGAUACAGAAGGGGUGUGUGUGUGUAUACACACUUGAAUAUCACGACCAUAACAAUAACAACAAUUGUUACUACUGCUGUGGCUACUUACUACUUUAUAAAAAAGGAGUUCAAGAUCCUGGUAAUUUAAGUCUGGAGAAUUUGGUUUACAAGAAUCAGAAAAAUAGACAACCAAAAGAAGAAGACCGGCAUUAUGGAAGAACCUCAAGUAGGAUUCUGUGAAUGGCAUCAGUACUAAUCCUAGCCUUCUCAAACAGAAGAUAUGUAAAAGAAUUUAUUACACCACAGAUAAUAAGUCUGUUGGUGUUGAAAUUCCAAGCAUCAGUUAAGUAAACCCGGUAGCUAAAAAUGCUACUGCCUCUUUAAAUCAAACUGUCUAUUGGUCUUAAUAAAUUCCACUAAAAAUAAAUUUUCACAAGGAAUCCACUGCCAGUAUAGUAAUGGCAGCCUCACUCUCAUUGCCAUCUCGUCCGGCAACUAGAAACUGUAAAAUAAAUAUGAAUAAAAGCUGUGUAAAUGUAACAAUGAAUGGCUCACCUCAUAGAACUCCUCAUGCCACUUCUGCACCAGCUUCAGCAAAGGCCCAAAUUUCCAAGAAGACUAUUGUUCAAAAUGGUUUUCUUCAGAAUGGAUUUGUAUCACCACUGCUCUCCAAGAAUGAAAGAAGACUAUCACCGGUCAAGCAAAAAACACUCCCUCGCAGGAGGAAGAGAUCUCAAAGGAUAAAAACAUUGAUGGAUACAUCAAGAAGACUUUCUACAUGUUCAACACCUAGAAGAAAAACCAGAAGGAAAAUUCUCAAAGAUAGGUGUCAGAGAACUGCGGUGAAUAAACUAGGUUCUGAGAAGAAAAGCAUUACAGUGUCAUUGAAAAAGAAGUUGUCUAAAACUAACUCUAUUAGUUCAGCCACACAGUUCAGGACAAAAAUGAAGGUGAGCAGAUCAAUUUCCAAGAUUCAGUCUACUUCAGGGAAUAAAUUAAGAUCCCAGAGAUUGAGCCAACAGACAUCUUCACCUCCAAGAUCUUCAAGACAACCAAUAAAUAGCGAAGUAACUCGUACUCCAAAAAUGGACCCAUCUCCAAGUCUACCAACCAUGAUGAAUGAACCCUUGACCCCUGCUGAAACACCACCCAUUCAUACAGCAGAUGCAGACCUGCCAUCGUUCCUGAAGGACCAGGCCUACCCUAUCAAAUGUCCACCUUUCUGUAACAAAUGCUGCACCAACAAACACAGCAAACUACUUUUAGCUCUUCUUAACUGUGAUGACAGUACUGACGACUUUAAGGAGUCAGUUUCUUUCAAGAAUUUCCUGAACACUAUUAAUUAUUAUGAGAAAAAGAACUGGAGGAGAAAUUCAGCCAUAUUUGAUGUGAAUCCCGAAUAUCGAUACCCUUUGAUGCACUGGGCAGCAAUUCUUAGUAAAUUAAACAUUUUGAAGUGGUUGGCAUCUGCAGGUUAUAACAUAAAUGUUCUACACACCAACACAGGAGACACUGCCUUGCAUCGAGUCUUGCUGUGUAUCAGGGCAAUACGUUUAAAUAAUCCUGUAAUGGUGAAGAAAUUUCCUCAGAUUCUUGAAAUUCUGGAACCGAAUUUAAAAAUUAAAAACAGGGCAGGUUUAACACCAUUCCUCACAAGCUGUGAGACCGUUGGCAUGGAUGGUCGAGCACAUUACCGAAAUGUUGAUCUUCUUAGAGACAUCUUGAACUUUGCUAAAGAGCGCCCAGGAUUACUGAAUAUUUUGUUCAAUCAGCAGACAAAACAUGGGCAGAGUGCUCUCCAUUUGAUUGCUCUGAAUGAUAAGGCAUUAGGGGCAAUGAAAAUGUUGGUGGCUGCUGGAGCUAACGUGCAGUGUUUAAACAAAGAGGGUCAAACCCCUUUCUCACUAGCGGUUAACCUUGGUCAAUUACGAGUGGCUCAGUACUUAGAAAAACAUUCUUUGAAUAUCACUCCUCCAUGUAUAGACACUCCAUUAUCGAGCGCACCCUCAUCAAGAGCCUCCUCUUCUAACUCUCCAUCUGAGAGCAAUGGAGACCACUUACUUCCACAUGAAGCAACAGAUGUUGGCCCCAGUGCAGUCAGUUCAACAAGUAAUGCUGCCAGUGAUGCCAGCACCCCACCUUUUUCAAAGAGAAUCAAAGUGGAAGGCUCUCUGCCUAGCGACUACGAAUCUGAUGUCAGUGAAAACACAGGACAGUAUUCUUCAUCAGGAGACUAUCCAUCUAAAGUUAAACAUGUAUUUAGAAAAUGUUCUAACAACACUUCUGACGGAAUUUUGAAGCAAUAUUUCCACAUCUGCAAUGACAGUGCUCGAGAAAACCUUAUUGCCAGUAUCAACAUGGACAAAAACAAGUGUUUGCAAGAUCUGAAGGUCACAGAAGAAAGAUUGGCAGCUUUAUCUCGACAGAUUGAAUCCAUAUGUACAGAGAAACACAAAAAAGAGACUGAAAUACGUCGACUUAUGAUAGAGAUAAAAGGGUUUGAUCAGAGCUUGGAGAAACUGAAAGAAGAGAAGCAAGAGCUGACAGAAAAGUCCUCCUCACUUGAUGCUAAAAUCUCUCUAUGUGUGUCUGUCUUAAAGAUGGUCCUCAACAAAAACACAUGAUCUCAACUUUGUAUGUUCUGUUGCAGAAUGCAGCUCAUUCUGAGAGUUUACCACCCAAGAAAUUAUUCUAGCAACCCUCCCCCAAAAACCAUCCAUUUCUUUCUCGUGUUGAAGAAACCAAUGAGAAGGAAGGGGAACGAAAAAAAUAACCCAGAAAAUUGGAGAAAAUGAA